GAAAAGAUGUGCUUUGACGGCUUUGGAUGUUUCGAAGUUGGAAACAACUUUACGCACCCUCUAGGACUACCUUCCUCUCCAGAUUACAUAGGAGCGUCUACCUGGCUAUAUUCUCGAGGUCGAUAUGAAACAAAUCCCAAACAGAUUGAUUUCAGAACGGUAUCAUCUCUGGAAGACAUGAGAGAGCUUCGAGCGAACAAACCACUUUUCAUUCUAAUUCACGGAUACCGCAGAUCUCGAAAACAUAUUUGGAUUAGCGAGACAAUCAUCGCGCUUCUAGCAAAGGCUGACUGCAACAUCAUUACGGUAGAUUGGGGAAAAACCCAUUCUUUUUUCUAUCCCUGGACAGCAGCCUAUGACACAGCUCUGGUCGGAAAGCUACUGGCGCUUUUAGUGCACUCACUGAUGAACAGGUUCCCGAAAGCGAUCAGUGCAUCUUCAAUCCAUGCAAUUGGACAAAGCUUUGGAGCACAUGUUGCAAGCUUUUUUGCGAAGCACUUUAAAAAUGACACAGGACUGCUGGUUGGCAGGAUCACUGGGCUAGAUCCUGCGGCUCCUUAUUUCGAAGGCCACAAUGUUCACUUGUCGAACACUGACGCCGAGUUUGUGGAUGUCAUUCAUACAAGCGCAGGAAAGAAUCACUAUUCCCUUCGGAACGGUGAUCUGGGCUUCAGAAGUCCGAUCGGACACGUCGACUUCUAUCCCAACGGCGGCACUCGAGUACAACCCGGAUGUGAAUAUAAAAGCAAGUUCGCCCUUGUAGUCACAGUAUGGCCUACCGGUUCUUCCUGGCGUCAAUUAAUAGAUCAGAACUCUACCAAUCUUACUUGUGCGAAGAAGGAUUUGAAGCGGCUCUGCAAAAAAGGUGCAAGAAUUUCGGAGGCCACGGUCGAAUGGGAUUCUACAGCAGAGAUACCACAGGUCGUGGAGUACAGUACCUCACAGCUACAGUUCCACCAGAAAUUGAAAAACGCUUCAAUAAAUAAAUAAACCUAGGUUAAUUCCUUA